ACGUCUUCGAUGACAACAUUUGGACAAAACGCUACAUAUACUUGCAGCGAGGGUUAUAACCUGACCGGAGCGCAUAUAAGAACAUGUCAAGGAAACGGAUCUUGGAGUUUUGAUACACCAUCGUGCUUGCUAGUUGAAUGCGGGGAUUUGCUCCCUCCGACAAAUGGAAACAUUGCUGUUUCCACUGGAACGACAUUUGGACAGCAAGCUGUAUAUUCGUGCCAACACGGUUACGACCUUAAUGGAGCCAACACUCGGACGUGCACCGCUAACGGCACCUGGAGUGGAUCACCGCCGGGCUGUAUAGUGUCCCUGGGAAAAGCAAGGACCACGCCGUCACCAAAGAAGCUGUACAUAAUGCCUUGUAUAUGUUAUGAACACCACGAAUGGGAGAAUCUGACGCAAGAAGAGAUCAUAGAUCAACUCGUUAAAGACCUGAGCAUCGACGUGACCAAUACGACACUCGCCCAGUCAAGGCUCAUCAGUAGGUCAGACCCGAGAGCAUCGUCUGCCGCUAUAGGAACAGUUGCUAUUAGUUUAUUAGCUGUAAUAUUUGGCACUGUAGCGUGUUUAGAUGUGUUAACUAUAUGGAAAGAUAAACGGUUUUCCAGAUGUAGAAAAACUAUAUCAAGAAGAUGUCGUGGAAGAAAAAUAUAUGAUGUGUCAUCCGUUCCACAUGACACACACAUUGAAUUAAAUGACCAAGACGAUGUAAGAGAAAGAAUAACAUUUUCUUCGGCAUAGAUGCGUCAAAUUAUGCCAUGUUGAGUGACUUAAUCAAGUUUGAUUAUAUAACGCUCAUUUUCAAUUAUACGUUUUGGGUCAUUUUGGAACUCCUCAGCUUUUAUCCAUCCAGGAAAACCUCAAAUGCCGGUACAUCAGUA